AUGUACGGAGUGACACGCACGACACGCGCCUUGCGCUUCAAUGCGACACGGGCAUUUUCAUCCGCUCCUCGAGUCCAUGCCCCGGCAGCGCUCAAAAUCAAUGCCGAUCGGCUUUGGGAGACCUUGCAUCAGACUUGCGAAUGGGGUGCAGCUCAUCGUUAUGGCGAGAACUCAACUGAUACGGGCAUGGCUCGAUUGACUCUGAAUGAUGACGAUGCACGUGUGCGACGUUGGUUUGCCGAUGAGGUUCAAAAUCUGGGAUGCACUCUUUCAGUUGACCAGAUGGGCAAUAUGUUUGCUCGGAAAUCUGGCAGUCUGAAGUCUUCGGCCCCGAUGAUUGCAAUGGGAAGUCAUCUCGACACUCAGCCUCGCGGCGGGCGCUAUGAUGGUAUCUUGGGUGUGAUGGCUGCAUUGGAGGUCCUACGUACGAUGAAGGAGAACAAUUUCCAGACUAAUUACGAUGUUGGCGUGGUGAACUGGACAAACGAGGAAGGAGCGCGUUUCCCCAAGUCCAUGUGCUCCUCGGGAGUUUGGGCUGGCGCUAUUCCUAUUCAAAAGGCAUGGGACCUCCGCGAUAUCCACAACCCAGAUGUGUCUCUCAAGUCAGAGCUUGAGCGACACGGGUAUCUUGGUGAUGUGGACUGCUCCCCGAAGGGAUACCCACUUGGCGCACACUUCGAGCUUCACAUCGAGCAAGGUCCUAUUCUCCCUGCUAACGACUGCAAAAUUGGCAUCGUUCAGGGAGCUCAGGGAUACAGAUGGCUAACUUUCACUAUCCAUGGCAAAGACGCUCACACAGGAACUACGCCUUUUGUUAAUCGCCACGACCCCUUGCUUGCGGCAUCGCGAAUGAUUGCCGCCUCAAAUGACAUUGCUAAGAAACACGAUGCCCUGGCCUCCACCGGUAUCCUUAGAAUUCCUUCAAACGCGUCUACAAAUACCAUUGCCACUGAAGUCACCUUCACUCUUGACAUUCGCCAUCCGGAUGAUAGUGUUGUUCAUAUCGUUCAGGACGAGUGCCUCAAGGCAUUCGAGGCCAUUGCCUUGCAAGAUGGAAAGGGAGUAACGUAUGACUGGACUCUCGACACAGACUCCCCUGCUGUCAAGUUUGACAAGGACUGCAUUUCCUCUAUCAAGGCAGCCGCAGACAACAUUGUCGGCCCCCAGAAGUCGAUCUUAAUGACUAGUGGGGCUGGCCAUGAUAGUGUCUACACCAGCAAACACUGCCCAACCGCCAUGAUUUUCAUCCCUUGCAAGGACGGCGUCAGCCACCACCCUACGGAGUAUUCCACCCCUGAAGAUUGUGCCAUUGGUACUCAAGCUCUGCUUGAGUCAGUUGUGCAUUUUGAUGAAUCCCGUGCAAACGAGACCCGCGGGAUUUAA